AUUUUUCAAUUUUUUUUCCUCUGUAGAUCCCAUUAAGAUGGCAGACCAGAGGCAGCGUUCACUCUCUACCUCUGGAGAAUCAUUGUACCAUGUCCUAGGGUUGGACAAGAAUGCGACCUCAGAUGACAUUAAAAAGUCAUAUAGGAAACUUGCAUUGAAAUAUCAUCCGGACAAGAAUCCAGAUAAUCCAGAAGCUGCAGACAAAUUUAAAGAGAUCAACAAUGCUCAUGCAAUAUUGACUGAUGCCACAAAACGAAACAUAUAUGACAAGUAUGGCUCACUGGGGCUUUAUGUAGCAGAACAGUUUGGAGAGGAGAAUGUGAAUACUUACUUUGUGCUAUCCAGCUGGUGGGCAAAGGCUCUCUUUGUGUUCUGUGGGCUCAUCACGGGCUGCUAUUGCUGCUGCUGCCUGUGCUGCUGCUUUAACUGCUGCUGUGGAAAGUGUAAACCUAAACCUCCUGAAGGUGAUGACCAGGAAUACUACGUUUCUCCAGAGGACCUGGAGGCGCAGUUACAAUCAGAUGAGAAGGAGGCCUCAGACACACCUAUUGUGAUACAGCCAGCAUCAGCCACAGAGACAACUCAGCUCACAGCCGAUUCCCACCCCAGCUACCAUACUGAUGGAUUUAACUAAGUUUUAAAAAUGCUGUAAUUAGAAUGGUUAAAUCAGUACCUGGCCAAUUCAACGUUAGAAUCAUGAACAGUAGAAAUAGUGAAUGGGGAGGGAGCAACUCCUGUCACAAUGGAAGGGCAGCCGCUGACCUGCCGAGAAUAUUUUGUAAUCUCUUCAGCCUUUUCUGUCACCUUCAAUGUCGUAUCUUGAUGAUACAUGAAGUGCUGUAGCAUGCAGUAUUUAAAGCAGUUUAGCUACGGUCUUCCUUGUUUCUUUUUUUUUUUAUAUAGCAUGUUUGGGAUUACGUUCAAUGUACGUCCGUGUUGUAAAUGUAUCGAGGAGUUACCACAUUAAGAGUAUGAUGGAGACAUUCUGCAUUCUCAGCAGGGGUACCAGCCUAAUUUUGCUUUUCCCCAGACCAAGAAGAUAAACAAAAAUCAAUGAGAAGCCAUCUGCUUCCAUACAUUUGAACUGUGAUGACCUUAAAAAAGAAGGGAGUGGGUUCAUCAUUUUCUAGCAAAUGCAAGAGUACUUUCCCUCUCCCCAAACCUGUCUCAAACAGAGAGGCCAAAAUCAGAGACAUUUCUAGGUGGGGAUUUUCUGGUUGGCUCAAGUCUUUCCCAUUUACCUCUUUACCUUUCUAUUUGUACUCUUCAGCCACCCAAAUGAUGAACAGCUCCUGACCCUCAGAAAACUGUUAUAUUUUGAAGGACUCUUGGAACGUGUAAAUUACUCUGUAGAAAGCAUUGCCGAUUGUGCUUGUGCGAUGUAUUGUUUGCACUUGAUCUGUUCAGCCUUGUUUACUUCAUGCCAUUGUAGUUCUCCCUCCACACACCCCCCCCCCCACCUCCCCUCAGGUAAAUUUGUUGUAGAAACUAUAAAAGAAAGAGUAACUUUUUGGAUAUCAAAACCAAAUCAUGUGUGAGCAAUGUUUGAAACUGUGGUCUUCUGUAUUGGCAUUUGACUUUAGAGGCUUUGCUUUAGAUUAUCCCAACAGCAUUUGCUCUAUGCUGUGACUAUCAGUGGUAUUUUUAGCUUCAGUUUUGUAUAACAGAUUCCACUAAAGGGAAUUUGAAAUUGGCAGGGAGAGGAGGGGUUAGAACACAUCACAGCAGUUACACACUACACCUACACUUGAAGUCGGAACUGCAAUCUGUAGUGAUUUCUAGUUUGGUUAAUUUGCUAAUUCCAUGCUGUCCUCUCAUAUUUCAUCCUUUCAUUUCAUGUUCCUCUGGUCAGCAUUCCCUGUUGAAAGCCUGGUUAGUGGGACUCUCUCUUUAUCAGGUUUAAGGAAUCACUUUUGAGAAACACAAGGCACUUUGCUUGGAUCGCCGUUGGUGCUGGGAACUCUACCACAAGCCCCACUUGACACAGACUCCUCAUUGAGGAUGAAAUUUACGCUUUUCAUAGAUAUAGAAGAAUUACCAUCUGGUAAAUGUUCCCGGCCUACCCUUGCCCACAUUUAGUUGAUGUAAAAGGUCCGAGAAGAUAUGGUUUGUAAAUUUGCACUGUUGAGCAGAAAUGAAACAAAACAUACCUAAAAUCCUUUAUCCAGAGAGAACUUUUGGGGGGCUUCUGAGUACCUAUAGAAUGCAGUAGUUCUUGGAUUACCAAAAAGCAAUGGGGGUGGCCAAUUUAUUAGAUAAUAUUGUAUUCCAGUUUGUCAAACUGGAUUUAUCAAUUGCAUUUUCAGCUCUCUUUAAAACUGAAUCCUAUGUUCAGCAAUCUUUUGGUCAUUCCAGUUCUGUUAAGCACUGAUGUUUCAUUCUAGAAAGUUAACAAAUAAUAUUAGAUAAUGAUAGACUCUUCAGAUUAAUAUGUCAGGUCUUGAUUAAGAUGCUUUUAACCAAAUUCAAUUCAUCUGUGGUAUGCGCCCAGUUAACAGAAGCUGGGAGAGAAUAUUUUGUGUGUCUUUGCCAGUAGGUUCUCAUGGAAAUCUGUUCCAAAACCCUCAUGAUUCUGUAUGAUGAUCAGGUUGGGGGACUUGUCUUUCAAGAAGCCAAGAGAUCAGAUACUUAUGUUGCUGUUUUGAUCAUAACAUUGAAUCCUCCUGGGGAAAGUUAAUGUUGUAUUUUUCAUGGAAUUCUGAACCACAGUGCCGAGCAAGACAUCCUGGAUCAGCCCGGAGGUAUGUUUCCCAAGACCAUUGAUUAGUAGGACUGAUUCAUUGUUCUCUUAGUCCAGGGCUCCUACUUAGAAGCACGAGGGGGUUUAAAGCGUCAGACAGGCCUCUGCCCUCCCAGUGAAAACCAGGGUGACAGCACCAGCUGCUGAGCGUAAAUUGGGGUGAGAUUAGGGAGGUGGAGGAAGCCUUGACUAUUUUAUAAUUAUUGCCAAAAUGUACGUUAGCUAGUUUAAAACCUCUGACUGCAGCUCUGAAAGGUCCAGCUGAGGUCGAGAUGAUUUAUUCUUUGAAAACUUUUCAAGGAUAAAUGUUGUGUAGUGCUGGUUGACCUUGACAGCAUGCCUUCCCCCUGUGCAUAUUUCAACAAAUCAUGCUGAGGAGAUGUACAAUAGGGAGCCCUGACUAGUAUAAAAAUUGGAAGUAAUUGGUAAGAGCAGGCACAAGCUUUCAUCACUAUAUUCAUCUUUGGAGUUGGUUUUGAGAGUGAAUCAAUCUCAGUGACCCUUCAUGCUGGUUGCCCUAAGAAAACUUCAAAAGGAGAGUUUUGCUCUUAGAAUUAAACACUAAACAACAGGAAAUGUCUGUAUCCACUCUCUUGGGUCACCAGAAGUGUAUGAAGUCAGCACAAAAAGGCCAUCACUACAAUAGGUAGUUAAGGGCUGAUUUAAAAUUCCGACAGUUUAUUUCUGUUCUUUGAAAACUGGGAAAUUUAUAGGGAAUUUCAUUUUAGUCCACCCUAAAUGGAAUAUGAUGGAAUCACCGGGGAAGCUGCUGGGCUGUUUACUAACCCAGGAGGAUGUUACAGCUUCAGUUCCAUUAAAAUCCAUCGUAAUAGUAUAUCAGAAAAAAUAUAUUGGAAGUGGUUUUCUUCCAGAGCUGCCCAAAACAAAAUUCAAAUUUUCAAUUAAAACGAAAUCUUGAAAGAGUAGAAGGAACUGUGAUGUAAUAAAUGGUUAUGAUCCUUCUACUGCUGCAGAAGAAAUACAGGUAUCAGGUCUUGGUAGUUAGAAGAAGAAAGUCAUUUUCAUUGAUUUUGUCGAAGACUAUAGUCUCUAUUACAAAUGGUUUUGUCACAGUGCACUUUCCCCUUCCCACUGAAUAGAACUUUGUAGUUCAUCUGUAAGGAUGGGGUGUUGGCUACAACUUUUAAUUUCUGGGUUUUAGACUAGUGUCAAGGGGAUCCUAAUUUUUUUUAUAUAUAGAUAAGGUAAUUCAUUAGAACUUAGACUCAGAGGAUCCUUUUUCUUGUGUGUCAAAGUAGGUUGCCAUAUUUACUGUCCAGUUUUACAAAUGCAAUUUAAAAAAUAUUAAAAUGUGUGGGAGAGCAGGGGAGUAGUAUAGAAUUUACGGUCAUUAAUUUUUUUGCACAUCAGAAUUUAGUGGAGGAAUAGUGGCUUCUGGACCUCGAACUACAAUGUGCCAAGAUUCAGCCAUGGUCCUGGGUCCCAGAUUUACAAACGGUCAAUAUUUCUUUUAAAACUGGAAUUGUGGUCUGUGUCCUAAACUGGCAUAAAUUGCCAAGGCUGAGAAAUGCAACUGCUGGCAAACUCAAGGCCCCCACGAUCACUGUCUGAGAUGCAGAAUGUAUCCUUCCAAAACUUGAAGCUUUAACUUAAACAAGAAGCAGUUUUUUCUCUUGUGCUUUGUUAGCAUCAACCUUGAGCUUUGCCUUUUAUUAAAGUUCACCACCUUGUAGUAUUUGCAGUAUAUUUAUAGGGGGUGUGGGUUUUGGAGAGUCAACUUGAAAAAAUACCUAAAAACUCGAAUCUUAAAGUCCACUAAAUAAAAACUGUUAGCAAGGUAAGGAUCCAUGAAUAUAUGCAAAUUUAAUCCCUCUAGUAUUUAAAAUGGUGGGAUUUUGAGACUACAUCUUGGGGCCAACAAUGCUUGCUAGUCUUUUAGAAGAGAAGCACUGCAUUCUCUAACUCCACUCUGCUGCUUAAUAUCAGUCAAUGCUUUAACAAAAAAAAAAGGCCAUUUUUGCUAGUGACCAAACUUCAGUUGAGGCAGCUGAUGUUCCAUUCUUGAGGAUGUGGAAGCCCCACUGACUCUGGCCCUUAAAGCCAGGAGUAGAAGUUUCCCUUGAAGUGCAUUAAGUGGCAUUGCACCUGUGUUAGAAAUUGGUUUUAUUUUUGUUGGUUAACUGUGUAGAAAAUUGUUUAACUGAAUUUGUAUAUAGACUUGUUUGUGUAAGCGUCUUGAUGACGACGUCUGAUAUUAUGUAGAUUUCUAUUUCCACACAGUGAUGUUUUAGAUCCAUAUUAUCUUUUUAGUCUUAUUUUUAGCUUUGUAAUGUUUAUAAACUGCUUUAGAUAUUAGUGCUCCUAGUGUUCUUUAACCUUUCUGAAGCUCUCUGAAAUGGACCCAGCCAGCAGAACAAGUCAAACCUAUUUAGGAAAAAGGUUGCAGAACAAGGCUUGAGGGAAGAAGCUCUAAAUUGUAAAACUGCAGAGGUGGGGUUGGCAAUAAUGUUAAACGUCCUAUUUAGUGAAAGGUGCUCUUACCCCUAACCAGAUCAUGUUAUAAAGCCCAUCUGGUGAUUUAUACUUUUGUUCCGAGCUCAAUCGCUUUUUACCCUGCAGCCUCCCUCCUUUUCCUCAUCUGCGCCUCCCACUCGCAUCCUUUGCCCGUUGCCCAGGGAUUGGCUCAGCACUUUCAUUCACCAGCUCCACUUUCACCUCCAGUGUGUUGCUAAACAGGCCAGUGAUGCCUUAUGGCGGUGACUGCCUCGUGAAGCCUCUCUUCUGUGAGAUUGCAAAUCUGACUCCAUCCCUAAAGCAGAGCCCUGCCCGGGGACUAGUGUGCAAUAUUUAGAAAGCACUCCAUUAAACUGAAGAAAUUAAGCCCUACAGGGAUUUCUGGAGAAGGAGAGGUCCACUGUCUCGACAAAAUUGCUUCAAUUCUGGGAGGGCUGCCCGGGAAAUUUCACAGACAGUGGUUUAUACAAAGCUAUUGGUACAUAGGCAGAUAGUCUGUCAGAAAUGGAGAUGGAGGAAAGGGGCUGAAACGACCCGAUGGCACUUGUCCUGCAAGACAAGCUUGGAAAAUGCCCCAUGCAUGAUUUAGGAUUUAUUGUGUAACCUUUAAAGGUGGGAGAAUUGAAUUCUCUGAUUCUUAGUCUCUGAAAUAGAGGGUGACAAUCCAAAAGACAAGCUGGCUUUCCUUCACUGUUUCACCACCCCCAGCCAUGAAGUGAUUUUGUUGUAGCAUUUGUCAUUCUUGCACAUUCAGCAGUUGGUGCCUGUGUGGCCAAUUCUGAAUCCUCUCAGCUGCCAUCAGACGGUCACUAAAGAUUGUCCAGAGAGUUGGGGUGUUCUAGCCUAACUCUCUUUUUAAACAAAAGAAAUAGAAGGCAACCAUAGGAAGGAGGUUUGGAGGGAGAGAUUUGGGAAUGAGUGAGUUGAGAGCCAAUGUGAAGGAGGUACUUUUGCUGAGCCUUCUAAUAUGUAGAGGUACGAAUGCAUAAAUAUAGAUCUUUGGGGGAUUUUUGUCUAAAUCUGGCACCUGUGGGAUUGGCAGAAUGAAUUCUUUCCCUGUCAGUUUCAAAGCAAGGUUCAAAACACAUGGUGUAGGUGUGGAAUUGUGAUAUUGUGUAUUUGUGUUGUGUGUAUAAAUGUGUAAUAUAUAUUUAUACAACAGGUGUGGCAUUGCUGCUGGGGAAAUUUGGCUCCCGAAACUACUCCUUUGAACCCUUAACUUGAAAGUAGAGUCAGUUGUAUUUAUUGAGUGCUCUCGGUGUGCAGUGCACUGUACUAAGCGCUUGGGAGAAUACAAUACAAACAAUAAGGGAAUGGCAGUUUGGGUCCCAAGCCUAAGCUUUCUUCUUCCAGCUGCGGAAGGGCAAAAACGGAAAAACUAGUUUAAAUUUUUUUAAAAGAUCCAUAGCCUGUUGUGUAAAUGAAAUGUGGUUGAAUGAGAGAUCAUUCCAUCACCAAGGUAAAAAUCCCAUUUUCAACUUGCUUGUGGAGUCCCUGGAGAUCUCGCCGUGAUUAGAAUAAGUACAUCUGGAACAUGAGAUGUUCAGUCCCGUCUUCUGUUGCCUAGCCCAAAUGCCCUUUUUCCUCCUAAGGACAAGGUAUUUGAGAUGAGGGUGGCACAGGCCCAGCUGCAAAGUAUAAACCAGAAAUGAAGCCUCCCACAUUGGUGACUGCCCCUCGAACACCAUCCAUUUCCUGCUCAGUUUUGGUGGAGAGCACAAACCAACCCCCGCCCUCCUGGGCCUGGUGGCCUUGCCUCAAGUAAACAGCACAAAGCACAGAGCGUUUCCUCGUGAGUUACCGGCAUGACAGAACACGAAAGCCUCAGCAGUGUUUGGAAGUCUUUUCCUUUAAUAUUGAAAUCCAUUUUCGGACUGUCGGGCUCAGUAGAGAAGCCCUGAAACUUGCCACUCUACAACAAAAUUUUGGGUGUUAACAUUCUUUAAUUUGAUGCUUUUGUCCCACCUAAGCCACCGGCAAGCCUGUCUCCUCUUACCCUGUCCCCUUUUGGGAUGGGGAAAGAGAAAAGGGAUUGGAUUUCUGUCAUCCCAUAACCAUAUGAAACAGGAGUAGUAGUUUGGGGGGUGGUUUGCACGGAAGCGAGGCCUUGAGAGAAGCGAUUCAAGGUGGAUUUUAUUGUAUUGGGAAGAUGUAAUGAGAAUGAAUUUUGCAUUGUAUUGCAACUCUGGGGAGAGGGAAAAACUUAUGUUAAAAAAUAGCAAUGUAAAAACAAUCUAAGAAUAAACGCAUCUGAAAAAGCGAUUAUAUAUAUAUAUAGACAUAUAUAUUUUGUUAUGUUACUAAAGGACCAUAGUUUGAGUUGUAUGUAAGUAGAUGUGGCAGUUAGAACCUCGUGGAUUGAACACUUGAUACUACUGAGCUCCUGUACAUACAUAAGGUUAAAGCCGAAGGAAUUAUUUUAUGAUUUAGCAUGGUAAUUUAUGUAUUGUAUGUCUGAAUAUAAAACUAAAAUAAAGAUUGCUAAAUUAUCUGAAACCACUGUUGUAAAAUAAAUGUUUUCAAUGCAGAUAAA